AAUCCUCAUGAACGGGAGCUCAACCACGCGAUCACGACGACUGUGAUAUCAUUGAUGGCGGAACGUCACGGUGAUCGGGAUUCCGAUGAUACAGCACCAGCAGCGGCGGAGUGCAGACCGGUGUUCGUGGACACCAGCCUCGACUCCCAUCUCGCUGUGAUCUUAUCUAACUCUGAUACGGUUUCGGAUUUCAAAAAGAAGAUAAUGCGGGAGCACGUUUGUUGCUUUCCAAAAAUGGGGGAGAUUGAGAUCCAUUCUUUAAAGGUAAAACGCAGGGGGAACUUUUAUCGUCUGCCAGAUCUCAUGCUUGUUUGGAAUGUGUUUCACGGAGUAAAAGGAAAUUGGUUCUUGUCAAUUGAUGCUUCUGGGGUUCCACAGCAUUAUUUAGAACAAAAAUCUUACAAGCCUGGAACAAGUAAUGAUGUGAUGAUGGAAACAAGGAGUAUAGCUGAGGACCACUGCAGAGAUUUGGUUUCGGAUGCAAAUGUAAUAUCAACCUUCCAAAUGCCCUCGCCGGAUGGUGGUACUGGACAGAACGCAACUUCAGAACUGAAUUCUGGCCUAAAGCUUGAGAAAUGUUCCGAGAAGAAUACAGAUUUUCCAAAUAAAUCAAUGGAAAAUUAUGGAGAAACCAAGCCUCCUACCAAGAAGAAGAGUAAAACGAGGCACAAUCAAGAUAAGUUGGGAACUACGUUGGUAGAGGGAACUUCUUUGGGUGGUGAAGCAAAAAGGAAUACGUCAGAAAGCACAGAGAAGUCUGAAAUUCUCCCAUUAAAGAGCGAACUGCCAGAAAACGUCAUUGCUGUCAAACCCAAAAAUACACUUGCCCAGAAUGUUCUAACAAAAAAUUUGAAGGGUGUUACUUUGGACACAAGUGCACAAGGAAAGAAGAGGAAAAGAAAGGCAAGAAAGGAGGAAAUGCCUCAGAACAGAGCUGCCGACCCUGGGCUUUCUCCUCCAGAAUAUGAUGAGAGAAAUAGAAGCUUCUUGUCCAAAACAACAGAUUUUCAUGCAGAUGUCCCAUCUGAACCUUCUCAAGUGCCUCAGAGAAAACAAUGCAUAUCUCUACCUUUAGAAGGAACGAUUGGGACAACAGCCUUUCCUUUAAAAGGUACAGAUAUUCAUGAACUUGACAAUGAUAUGAAUAUGAAAGUUGAUAUUCUCACUCAAUUUUCUCAGUCCAAAGUCAAAGGCGAAGCAUCUUCCUUGAAGAAUAAGUUACCUGUUAUUAGUGGCACAGAAAAGGAAACCAAUAUGCCAGACAUAGAGGAAGAACCAAGGGAAUCAUCUCUGAACCAUGACCCAGUACGGAAACUGUCUGAAAAUUUGAGAACUUCAGAUCAGAGAGAAGCUGAUAUAAAUAUCAGGGAGUCCGUUCAACUAAAUGAUUUUCUAGUGACGAAAGGGGAGGUGGAACAUAGCAAUAGAAGAAAAACAAAGGCCAACAAAUCUGGAGGUAAAUUUUGUAAUGGGAAUGAUGAAGAACAUGCUAACAACGCUAUGCAGUUGAAUCCUACAGCUGUGCUAAAUUUCGAAAGGAAUACUCGAAAAGACCAUGAGACUGAACGAGUUGAUAGCAUCUUCUCUACUGCAGAAACUGACCUGAAUGUGAGAAGUAAAGAGGAUAGAGACUUGUCUUUGAAUCAUCAGUCUGACAUGAAACUGUAUGAGGUCAAUAAUACCAUCAAGGAACCAAAUUCAUCAGCUGUAUUGAUGGAUGCCAAUGAUAUAAUGGGGGAUGCGAAAUCGAAUAGCAAUAAGAGAAAGAAAAAAGGGACCCAGAAGACUACGGCAAAGAUUCAGGAUAUGUCAGAUAAGGAGCAUGAAACAAAAAUGAGAGAGAGCAUUGGGCCCUAUAAAAUAACUGGGAAGGCUAAAGGAAUCGAAGAAGAAAGAGAGUUGUAUCCGAACCAUGAUACUGAAGUGAUGUUGGACCCAAACGCUGAUCCGGAACCCAAAAUCUUUAAUGGAAGUAGGAGGAAGAAGAGGGGGAUCAAGAAGUCUGCUGAUAAAAAUCUGCACAGAUCAGACAAGGAGGAAACAAGUAAUAGCAUGAGUAGCCCUUCUAUUUUGCUUUGUCCAUCAACUAAUAAUUUCUCACAUAAAACUCACCAGGGAGAGAACAUAUUUCACGAAGGAAAAGACAACCAGAUGAUACUGUUGGAUGGGUCUACUGUAGCCUAUGGUAAAAGUAUUCAGGAUGCCAGUGGAAAUCAUGCAGACAUUCUGGAAUCGACUCAAACUGGUGGGUCACUGCAAACUCUGAAAGAUAUGGAUUCCAGAAAGGGGAAGAUGGAGACAGAGAACCAAAGUUCUGCUGGUAAUUGCCACACAGAUCUUCUGGCUGGAGAAAAAGAAAAUCCGAUAGAAAGUUUGAAGCCCCAUCAGGCGGAGCAAAGUAUUAAGAAUAUAGGGAUAGAAGUUAAAAAGAAAAGAAAGAAGAGGCAGCCAGCAGGAUCAGAUGUCCAAGAAAAUUUGCCAACCAAGGACAAAAAAGUUGGUGGUGAUGAAUUAGCUACUGAGGAAAAGUCAAAUAAUUUUAUAACUUCUGAGCAGCAAGACAGACAUGUUGUUUUAUCCCAAGUUCCAUCACACAGAGAAGGAGAAAAGCUAGACGAAAUGCACGAGACUGCUGAUAAAAAUGAAAAUAACAAUGUAAAGAAAGCAACCAAGGCAAAUGAAGAGAUGAAAAGUGAGAAGGAAACCAAAAAGAAUGGGGUACCUUCUGUAAGAAACUCAACAGAAUUACGAAACUCACUGAAGCCAUAUGAAAACCAGGAUAAUGAAAAUGAAUCCUGUGUUAGGUGUGAUAGUGGCAGGAAAGAUGGAAGAUCAGCCGUGAAUUCUAAUCAAAAUGAACCUAGAUCUUUUGAAGUCUCGGAUAACGAGGUGAAAGAUUCAAGCCCUAGUGCGAUGAGGGGAAUGAAGGCUCCUGAAAAACACGAUGGAGUUCCUGCUGCAUCUUGUUGCCAAAAAGAGAAGAAUGUAUCUUUGGCUCAAUCAGUAGCGAAAAGGUCUGAGACAUUUCCAGAAAAUAAAGGAAGUAAAAGGUGGCAACAAGAUCAGAAUGUUAUCAAUAGAAUUGCAGUGAGGACUCCACAAAAGGAGAGCUUGUUCACAAAAUCAGGGGCCAUUUUUCAGGAUAACAGUGUCGAAAAUUCUGCUGAUGAUUCAGAUGCUGCUACCCACAGCUCAUCAGAUAGUUCAUCUCUGUCAGGCUACUCAACAGGGGAAAGUGACUUGAGCCAGUACUCUGAUACUUAUGGAUCCAAUAAUGCAAAAGAAAGACACAUGGGUGGAGAAAGCUUGUCAAAAUUGGACCUAUCUGCCUCAAAGGAUAUGACGAUGGAUAUGAUUCUGAGAAGCUCUAAGAGGUUCAAGAAGGCAAAGCUUAUAGCAUCUCAGUAUGAACAAGAGCAGAUGGAAUUUGUUCCUGAUGGUCAGCUGACCCAGUGAGCAUUGCUUCUUCUCUUGCUCAAGGACGUCUUCUCUUUCUCCACAGGGAACUGAUUUUAAGUGGUAGUCCUCUCUGUACAUCAAUGUACAUUAUAAUUUUCUAUUAGCAUUUUCUCCUCCUGAGUUUCUGAGCAACUGAUUCAAAGCAUCGGAUGGUUAACUUAUCAGUUUUGUUGAAUGAUUACGACAGUUUUAUUGUUCUAAGAAGAAAAUUUAUCUCACUCGUGUUUUCUGUUUUACUUCUAAAAGUUCAUUGUGACUUCUUAUGAGCUUAAGCUUUAUUCAUACCUGAGUGCUCAUUAAGGACAAAUAUGAAACUUUCAUCUCCAGAACCUUAGUCCAAGCAAUACAUAGAUCUCUGGGAUGAUCACUCAGAUCCCUAGACAAAGUAUGGAUUAAUCCCA